CUGUCAUCUCAUAUAUUUUUCUGUAAUUUUUAUUCACUAAAUAAGUAAUCAAUUGGUGACAAAAAAAAGAGUAUUAUUUUUCAUUUGUGUCUUAGUUUUUAAUCCUAACCAAUGGGUAGCGCGUGUUGUGCCAGUUCUGGCAAUUCUGAAAAAGUGGAUAAUAAUGAUAGAAGAAAGCCGACGGCACCGGUAGGCGAAGCGGAUAAAAACGAAAAAAGCGUUGGUAUUCUCUACAAGGGUGCAGAUGUUGGACAGGACACCAACGACUCCAACGAAAAACGCCUAAUUAAUGACGACAAGCUUAAGGAAGACACGUUCAAAGCUCAGGGCGAUGAUGGGUAUGAUAAGCUCAAACAGAAACAUUCACUGACAAAGAAGUCUCAACCGGAUCGCGAUGAGUAUCAAUUGGUUAAAAGCUUUUUGGCUAAAAAAGGCUAUACAUUGGAUGCGUCGAUAGGCGCCGGCAAUUAUGCCGAAGUAUUUAAAGCGUUUAAUAAUAGCCAGAAACCGGUUGCCGUCAAAGUAAUUGAUUUGAAACGGGCGACACAUCACUAUAGGGUAGACUUUUUGCCGGCUGAAGUCAAACUGUUGUCAGCCAUCAAACACAAGAACAUCAUUAAGAUGUAUGAGAUCUCGCAGUCGGCGAACAAAGUUUAUAUGAUUAUGGAGUUCGCACCGAACGGAACGUUAGCCGAUUGGCUGAAAAACAAGGGCUCAUUCAGCGAACUAACAGCUCAUCAAAUGUUUGUCCAGAUAUUAGACGCCAUUCAUCACAUGCAUAGCCAGCAUAUUGCGCACCGGGAUCUCAAACUGGAAAAUAUUUUAUUGACUCAAAAACUAAAUCCCAAGAUAUCAGACUUUAGUUACGCCGUAGAGGUUCCCAACAAAGACUUCAAGAGUACGACAUUUUGCGGUUCAUUGCCGUACUUCUCGCCUGAAUUGUUGCAGAAGUUUCCACACAAUCCGUUAAUAUCAGACAUCUGGUCUCUCGGCGUUUGUUUCUUUAUUAUGCUUAACGAUGGCCUACCGUUCCCUUUGGGUGACGACCGGACAAUGCUUCGCAAACAACUGGCAAAAGAGUGGCGCUUCAGAAGCAAAGUGUCCGCCAAAUUAUCCACAGAUUUGUUGUCAUUCAUAAAGAAAAUGCUUGAACCAAAUAUCAAACUAAGAGCUACCAGUGCUCAGCUGAUGGUUGACCCAUGGAUACAAAAUUUUUCGCCCAAAGUGACCGAUAAAAAUGUAUAGCAAUUG